AAAUCUGACCCUUCUUACACGUUUCCAAUAACGUCUCACAAAACGCCUCUCUCUCUCUCUCUCUCUCUCUCUCUCUCUCUCAUGCACGAAUCCUUCCAAGAUUUCCAUUGGACCCAGCUCGUUCUCAGAAAAAAAGAAAUAGGAUUUUUUGGUAUAAAACAUGUGAACCCAAGAAUCUUCUAUCUAUCCCACCCUCUUAAAUUCUCUCUCUCUCUCUCUCUCUCUCUCUCUCUCUCAAACACACACACACACAUAUAUUUUUCUCUAAGGAAGUGAAACCCAAGAUGGGUUCUUCUCUUUUGUCCACUCUCUUGCUAUUUUUGUUUAUCCAGGCAGCAAAAGGAAGACAUAUCAAUGACCUUGCCAGAUUAAGGGCUAGGAUGCAACGGGGCAGUUGUAAUUUGUAUCAAGGGAGUUGGGUCUUCGACGCUUCGUAUCCUCUUUACGAUUCGUCGAGCUGCCCCUACAUCGAUCCCGAAUUCGAUUGCCAACGAUACGGUAGACCUGAUAAGCUAUACUUGAAUUACAGGUGGAAGCCAAACGCCUGCGAGCUACCAAGAUUCAACGGUGAAGAUUUCUUAUCAAGGAUGAGAGGGAAGAAGAUAAUGUUUGUGGGGGAUUCGCUGAGCUUGAAUCAGUGGCAAUCAUUGAUGUGCCUGACCAACGCAGCCGUGCCCCACGCCAAUACUAGCUUUGUGAAGACCGGUGAUCUCCGUUCAUUGACAUUCCUGGAUUAUGGAGUAUCAGUGAUGUACUACCGCACCACAUAUCUAGUAGACAUGGUGGUAGAGAAAAUGGGAGUGAUUCUUAAGUUGGACUCAAUUGAGAGUGGCAAUGCGUGGAAAGGAAUGGACAUGUUGAUAUUCAAUACAUGGCAUUGGUGGCUUCACACAGGCUCACAACAACCAUGGGACUACAUGGAAGAAGGCAACGUCUAUUACAAAGAUAUGGAUCGUUUGGUGGCCUUCCAAAAAGGUCUGACCACUUGGUCCAAAUGGGUUGAGUCCAAUGUCGAUCCUGCAAAGACCCUAGUCUUUUAUCAAGGGAUCUCCCCAACCCAUUAUAAGGGGAAGGAGUGGAACCAACCUGGCGCGAACUGCAAUGGGCAGACGCAACCACUGAGUGGAUCGAUGUACCCAGCCGGUUCACCUCCGGAGGCAGGCAUCGUCAAGACCGUGCUGAGCAACAUGAAAAAACCUGUCUAUUUUCUUGACGUGACCGAACUCUCGCAGCUUAGAAAAGAUGCGCACCCGUCCACAUACAGCGGGGAACACACGGGCAUGGACUGUAGCCAUUGGUGCCUCGCCGGGGUUCCUGACAUAUGGAACCAGCUCCUAUAUGCAGAACUCGUCCUUUGACGACAAUGGAGAAGGAUGAAUCGUCACCAAAUAACCUUUAGAAAAAUGGCACAGCUUUUCCAAUAUAAUGGUAGGUGCAAUCUAUUUUCAAAUUUAUUAUCUCUUACUCAUUUUGAGUUGUAAAGUACUUCACGUGCCUAAGGAUGCAUUGGAAGGCAAAAAACCCAUCGUACCCGAGGGAAUAGAGCAUAAUAUCGUGUGCAAAGAGAUUGGCAGGAUCGAGUCCCUGGGUUAGUCAUUUGAAAAAGGUUCAGGUUGGCCUUGAACACAUAUGAAUUCACUUCUACCGUAAAACGGGGCAGAAGGCAGGAGCUACCUGUGUUGAAUUGAAGUGCAGUUUCACGGAACUCUGGAUUGAAUUAGUUACUGAUUGUCAACAGGAAGGUUUUGUUAUUGAUUUGUUCUUCAAGGAAAAAAAUAAUAAAAAAUCAAGGCUGUUUUAACUUGCA